UAUUUCUAAAACUAACCUCUUUUCUCUUUUACUAUUUGUUGCAAUAAGAGUAGAUGAAGUUUUCGUAAUUUUUAACAUCUCGAAUUGUUUGAAAAAUAGAUAUAAUCAGUAAUCUUUAGAGAUUAUAAAUAUGCCUAAAAAGAAAACAGGUCAACGAAAGAAAGCCGAGAAGCAAAAAUUACGACAGAAAGAAAUUAGAACUGCAAAAGAAAAUGUUCAGCUGGCAGAACAUCCUUGUAAUUUGCCAAUGGAAUGCGAAAAAUGUCAUCGCAAACAGAAAAGUAGAGCAUUCUGUUAUUUUUGCCAGAGCGUGCAAAGGUUGCCUAUAUGUGCCCAAUGUGGCAAAAUGAAGUGUAUGCUGAAAACUGGCGAUUGUGUUAUAAGGCAUCCAGGUACCUAUACCACUGGGAUGGGUAUGGUAGGUGCUAUAUGCGAUUUUUGUGAAGCUUGGGUUUGCCAUGGCAGAAAAUGCUUGCAGUCCCAUGCAUGCACAUGCCCAUUACAAGAGGCCGUGUGCAUAGAAUGUGAACGCACCGUGUGGGAUCAUGGAGGUCGACUUUUUAAAUGUUCAUUUUGUAACAAUUUUUUGUGUGAAGAUGAUCAAUUUGAACAUCAAGCAUCUUGUCAAGUUUUAGAAGCUGAAAACUACAAAUGUCAGUCUUGUAACAAGUUAGGCCAAUAUUCAUGCCUAAGAUGUAAGACUUGUUACUGCGAGGAUCAUGUCCGGCGAAAAGGUUUCAAGUAUGAAAAGAAUAAAGCUAUACCAUGCCCCAAAUGCAGUUAUGAGACUUCGCAAACUAAAGAUCUUAGCAUGUCUACUCGAAGCCAUAAGUUCGGUAGACAGGGUCAGGCGUUGUACGAUGACGAUGAUGAUUAUAAUAAUGAUGGAGCAGGUGGUUAUGAUUAUGGCGGUGAUGACAACUAUGACGAAGAAGAAUCUGAUGAUGAAGAAGAUGAGGGAGAGGAUACCAGCAAUGAAAGUUCUGAAGAAGAAACAGUUGAGAAGAAGGGUAAUGACAAAUAACUUUUAUAAAAUGUCAUUUUAUAUUCAUUUGUAAAUGAAAAAUAUAAUUAAUAACAAUAUUUUCAAUUUUUGUGGUUUAAGGUACACAAAGAAUACUUUAAUUGAGGGACUUAAGUACUUUUUUUAAUCCCAAAAGUUAUGUAAGUUUGUUACCCAACACAUAAACGCUAUUCUUUUGUACUCCGUGGCUUAAAAUAAACAAAAUUAAUUUAAAUUACUUUA